GUCAUGAAUGCGAAGGGAAGGUGCUGGUUACUGGUACUGCAGUACGUUGACCUUAUCUGCAUUCGAAAAUCUUGAGCGACAGUGGACCCUGCUUCAGCUGAAUCAAGUUUGUAGUCCUAGCACUGGCAGCUCGACUCCCUUCACAUUUCCUUCACAAGCUCCUGGGGCCAGGAAAGUGUUGCACAUUCACACUCUGAAAGGACGCCUCCUCUGUCCUUCUCCAGUGCAGAGCAUUGCCCUUUAGCUGCAUAUUGAAAUUUCUCAAUGGCGCCACUUCCUGAUUGGGUCCCAAAGGCAGACGACCUCGAAUAUGGCCACAAGCGAGUGUUGGCCAUUGACGGUGGCGGUAUUCGUGGGAUCCUUGUCGGGGUGGUCCUGGAGUACUUGGAACAGGCCAUCUUGGAAGUGUUGAAGGAGGACAAGAAGCACGCCAAUCUCACACGACAGGAUAUCUACUUGGCAGAUUACUUUGACAUCAUUGCUGGAACAUCUACCGGCGGGCUUCUGGCUCUCUAUCUGGCGGCGCGGGGAGACACUUAUGACGAGUUGGGCGACAUGGGGAGGCUGGGGCUAGAGAGGGAAAUGCGGGAAGAGCCCAACAAUCCAAAGCAUCACAGGAAGGGAGGAGCGACUGCAGCUCUGCAAAUGUACCGAGCAAAUGCUACGAAAAUCUUCAAGAAGAAGGUGCCUGGCUGGAUCCCUGGAGUCGAGGCAAUCAACAACGCCCUCUGUGGUUCCAAGUACGGCUGGAAAGGUAUCGAGGGGGUUUUGCGCGAGGUCUUUGGGGACGACGAGGGGCGGAAUCCCAUGCUCAAGCUGACGGACCUGACGGGCUCGGUACUGAUUCCCAGCUUCGAAACCAAGAAGACCUCCCCCUUCACCUUCUCCUACAACAAGUACACUGGCCGGUCCGGCUUCACUUACAUGGCCAACGACCCUGUGGGCCGCUACGGGGCGGACGAGCUGCGCAACUUCAAGGCGGACUUCCCCCUCUGGCAGGUGGCACGCGCCACGUCAGCAGCACCCACCUUCUUCCCAGUCGCUAUCGUGAGCCCCUAUGGGGAUCCCCCAGUCAACAAAGAAGGCGUGAAGCCCCCUGAGUUUCCAUACGAGCUGAUCGACGGGGGAGUGGUUGCCAACGACCCCGCCUUUCAGGCCGUCUUGGUCCAGGCCCGCAUGUACGGCGCGCACCUGAAGGAGAAAAAUGCUAUGAACGCCGAUGAUUGGCUGCUGCCCACAGACUUCGCGGUCUUGUCACUUGGGACCGGCACCGUCAAGUCGGCGGCUAACCAGGGGCGGGGGGCACAGCUGUCAAUCGUGGCUGACCUCGUCACCAAGGUCCUGAUGAGCGGCGCAUCCGAUCUAGUUCACAGCUACUUCAUGGCAAUGAUGGGCAACCUCCCAAAGGGCUCGGAGGGCCGUGACCAGUUCGAGCGCAACCCACCGUGCCCUUAUCUGCGCAUCCAAAAGACGGACACCAGCACCGACGACCCGAAAGAACUCGAAAAACUGGCGGACGACGUCCUCCGCAAAGCGCAGAAAGACGUGACGGCCGACGAGCGCAACACCUACAAGAAGUGCCUGAGUGCCAUGGAUGACGUCAGCGACAAGAACAUGGACAUGCUGGAGCAUAUCGGCGACUUCCUGGGGCGUUACUAUACCGGGCGGCCGCUGGGGGACAGGCUGGAGCGGCCCAACCUGCUGAAGAACUAUGUGCGGGAGUACCUGCUCGCCCCGAAGAAGAAGAAGAACUAAGUUAAGGGCGGGGUUUGAGGGAUGUUAGCGAUAGCAUGGGUUGCAUGUGUCUCCUGGCUCCUAAGGAGUUUGGUUUCUGUUUAUUUCGUUCGUUUUUAUUACGAGUAGUGCGACCACGUCAAUAGCGUUUCUUGGAACACCAGGCACCGUUAUCAAGGGACGAGUUUAUGGAGGUGAGUCGGCGGCAAGUUAGGCGAAGAGGGUAGCAGCCGUCGCAAGGAGCAGCCAGCUCGAUUCGGAAGCGGAUUGCGCCCCUUAAGGAUGUUUGGUGGGGUUCAAGUAGUCAGGGUCGUACUUUGAAGAGGGUUUUGUGUAGUCUUGUAGUCGAACUCCCGAGUUAGGCGACUCGAAGUGGAUUAGUUAGCAGCUUUUGCGCGAGAGCGAGCAGCUCGGCUAAUGCGACGGAUUGCGCCCCCGAGCUCAUCAGCGCUUGUAGGCCUGCGGGCACGAGCGUGCAAAUCGUUAGCGACAUCUUUGCACGUUAGAACACGGUUCUGAGCCAUUGACAAUGCUUUUGACUGUCGUUCGGAUCUCUAGCGCUGAAACUACAAGGAUCUAGAGUUUGCUUUAGAAAUCAGGAUUGGGUUGAAGCAGGGUUCUACAGGCAGCCUGAUGAGUGCGUGUCGGGCUGGCACCUUGAAAGUUUUGUUUAACCGUAAUGUUUUCAAAGUCAGUCGAACAGCCUAGCAGCUGAGGUUCGGAGCGGGGUUCGGAUUGCCUGGACAUGAUAAUGCAAGUAGGCUGUGCUAAAUCUGUCGUAUAGAUUGAAUUGCAUAGGUUUGAUUCACUUUAAGACAUUCAUUACCUCUAAUUAAGUAUUUCGAAGUGUUGUUUCCCUGGUGUACCAAUGUUCCGCUAAAUGGCAAAACGAUGUGGCUAC